AUGGCAGCCAAAUUAAACACAGCUAAUGUGGAAAAUUUGAAUGAUAGCAUGAAGUCAAUUGUGAACGAGUUAGAAGCUAGUUGUUAUAAACUAAAAUCAAUGGAAGGCAAUGAGGAUUUAUAUAAUCAAUUGAACUCUAUUAUUAAAUCAUUAUCAAUUGAAGUAAAAAACAAUGAAUUUGCCAUGCAAAUAUCAAAUAUUGAAGAAUCUAUUAAAAAUAAACAACAUUUUUACAGAAAUAAAUUUGGAAUUGAGCUUAAUGCUUUACCAGAAAAUGCACAAUUAGAAUUCACAUCAAAUCUUUUACAUGAAACGGGUAUUGAUGAUAAUGAUUACCGAUCAAAUAAUUUGUUUACAAAGUAUAUGUCAAUGAUUGAAAAAACUAGAAAACAAAAAGAGAUAAUUGAUGAUAUCGAUGAACAUAUAAAUAAUUUAAAAAUUGUAAUUGAACAACAAAAUGAUCUUAAGUGUGAAUUAUCCAAUAUCACAUAUACACCUGUUGGUUAUACAGCUGAGCCAAUUAAUAUUAAUUAUAUUGAAAGUGUACAGCCUGUUACAAACUGUGAUAAAGUUGUGGAGUUAGUAAAAAAAAUUCAUGACAUUGAAAAAAACCAAGCAGAUAUUUGUGGAAAGAUUUUAGAAUUAAAAGCAGAACAAAAAAAAGUGUACCAUGGAUUACCACCAAAUAUAGACCAAACAAUUAUGGCUGUUCAAAUAGCUGAGCAAACAAUGAAAUCUAUGUCUAAAAAAUUGGCUGAAAAACUUACAGAUAAAUAA